AUGGCCAUUUGUGUCAUUGAAGGAAUAGGUCAAAUGAAGAUGUUGCAGUCUCUUGACUUGUCAAGAAACCAGCUUUCUGGUGUGAUCCCUCAGGGCCUUGCUAAUCUGACUUUUCAAAGUGUGUUGGACUUAUCUGAGUGCAAAGUGUUGAUACAUCAUCCUAUAGUGGAAAUGUUCAAUUUGCACAUUCUGAGCCUACGGUUCAACAAAUUCUAUGGCAGCAUACCAUCGAUUAUCUGUCAGCUUCAAUUUCUUCAGAUACUGGAUCUUUCAGCAAAUGGAUUAUCUGGGAAUAUUCCACAAUGCUUCAACAAUUUUACCUUAUUGUAUCAAGAUGAUAGUUCUGGUGAGCCAAUGGAAUUUAUAGUCCAAGUUUUCUAUGGCAAAAUUCUCCGUCAUUAUUCGUACAUCAGCGAUCUAUUGAUUCAAUGGAAAACCCAAGAGUCUGUAUAUCUACUAACUGCAUCAAUGAGGUUCACUACUACUAUUGUCAUGACUUGGUUAUCCAUUUUAUGCUACGGAGAUUGUCAACAAAUAACACAACCUCCUAAUGCAACAGUAGCACUAGAUGGCACGGGCAAUUAUACGGCAAUAAUGGCUGCCGUUUUAGCAGCUCCAAACAACAGUGUUGCAUAUUACUACAUCAAAAUAAAACAAGGAACCUACAAUGAGUAUGUCCAAAUCGAAAGCUGGAAAACGAACAUAGUUUUCAUUGGAGAAGGGAUGGGCAAAACCAUAAUAUCUGGAAAUAAAAGCUAUGUUGGGGGCAUCGGGAAAGCUUAUACUGCAACAGUGGGGGUGAAUGGCCAAGGCUUCAUAGCCCAAGGAAUCACUUUUAGGAACAUAGCUGGAGCUAAAAUGCUACAGGCAGUAGCAUUAAGAGCGGAAGCAGAAUUUCUUACCUUCUAUCAGUGCCGUUUUGAGGGUUAUCAAGAUACUCUAUACACAAAAUACGAUAAACAGUUUUAUAGGGACUGCGAUAUCUUGGGAACUAUAGACUUUAUGUGUGGUGACGCAUCUGCAGUGUUCCAGAACUGUUUAAUCGAAGUACGCGAGCCUCUGCGUGGCCAAUAUAUUACCAUCACAGCGGAACAAAAAGAUCAUGAGGCUGCUCGAACAGGACUAGUGUUGCAAAACUGCACCUUAAAAGCUAUCCCCGACUUGGUGAAAGCGGGUAACAUCACUAUGUAUUUAGGUCGCCCAUGGGGUAACUUCUCAACAACUGUGAUUAUGCAAAGUUAUAUAGAACUACUGAUAAAUCCAAGAGGAUGGAUUGAAUUUGAGGGAAGGCCCCUAGUUCGCCCAUUUUAUAUGGAAUAUAGAAAUAGAGGACAAGGUGCAGAUACAAAGGGACGUGUGAAGUGGGAAAAUGCCACCGAUGAUUCAAUGGUCGCAUCAAGGUUUACUUUUGCAACUUCAACUCGUGUUAACAUCUAUACUGUUCUGCUUCUGUGGAUUGGAUUAGAGGUUAAUCUCACUUUUCUAGUUAUGAGUUGUGGUGUUAGUUUGGCAAUUCAUGAAGCUUCAAGCAUUUCCAGCUUCUAUUUUUGUCCCCAUGAUUUCCUUCUAGGAUUACUUCUAAAUGACAAGGAAACUAUUAAAUGCUUUUUGGAGAAAGUAGGAUUCAAAGUGCAGAAGGAAACACAAAUGACUCUUCUGAAUAAGCUUGAGUUGCUGCAGUAUUCGUAA